UUGUUAGCACUAACCGGAGACCUAAAAGAGCUCACUCAGAACUGCCAAGCAUAACCACUGCUCCAAAUUCCUAUCUUUUCCCAACCUAAAAGUAUAAACAACCAACGAACACAUUCUCAUCGAUCAUUCAAUGACAAGUCCUUGGAGCGGUUUGGAACACUUCAAGAGUUGAGCUAGGGUUUAUUGUUGCUAUUUUCGGCCUUGGAACUGUUAAAAAGAGAAAAUUGUGGUGACAUGAAGGGGAAUUCAUCAUCCUCUACAACACAUGAUGAUCAAAAUUUAGUAGAUGAUAUCUCCCUCUUAGCCCUACAUGAUCAUGAUGAAGAAAUUUUUCGAUUAUGUGAUGAGACAUAUGCAGAAGAAUUACAAAUACAAGAAGCAUUAUUAUUUUCCGCUCUUAUGUCAAAUACUACUAUAGAUGUAAAAUAUGAAAUCCAAGAAGUGGAUACAAAAGUUGAUCUCAAACAGAAGCAGAAGCAGGCUUUUGUAGGUGAAUAUUCUUUGUCGCCGUCUUAUUCUUCUUCUCAGUUGAAACAAUCCUAUUGUGAUAUCUGUAUGGAAGCUAAACCUGUUGAAGAAAUGUUCCAAAACCGAAAAUGUUCACACUCUUUCUGUGAAUAUUGUGUUGGAAGAUAUCUAGCUGCAAAAAUUCACAAGAGAGUAUAUCAAUGGUAAAAUGUCCUGAUCCAAAAUGCAAUGAUAUUUUGGAGCCUCAUGAUUGUAGUUCAAUUUUACCAAAGGAUGUGUUUGAUAGAUGGGAAAAUUCACUUUGUGAGAAUAUGGUGUUAGGUUCACAGAAAUUUUAUUGUCCUUUUAAUGAUUGUUCAGCUAUGUUGUUGAAUGAUGAAAAGGGAAUUGUGACUGCUUCGGAAUGUCCACAUUGUCAUAGAUUGUUCUGUGCACAAUGUAAGGUUUCAUGGCACACAGGUGUUGAUUGUAAAGUGUUUCAAAGCUUGAAAGACGGCGAGCGAGGGAUGGAAGAUCUAAUGGCCAUGGAACUUGCAAAGAACAAGAGAUGGAAAAGAUGUCCAAAGUGUGGCUUCUAUGUGGAAAAAAUUGUGGGAUGUACUCGCAUUUCAUGCAGGUGUGGCAAUCAAUUUUGCUAUGGCUGUGGUUCUCCUUGGAAUAAUCAGUCCCAUUAUGCAUGUCCAACUCAAUGAAAAUUGCAUGGGGAGCUAUGAAGUACGAACACUCAUCGGAUUAGGUGUGUCUCGGUAGUUUUACACUGAAUUAUGUAAUUUUCUCAAUUUACUAGCGUUGUCGUCAGUGCCAGUGUUCAUGUCCGGUGUCCGUAUCCGUGCUUCAUAGAUGGCGAGUGAAAUUGCAAAGUACAACGUUACAGCAAAUAUUGAUUGAUGACUAUAUUUUGAAAUGUGACUGAUAUGUAAUUUUGAGUACAGAUUUAUUUUUGUUUUGUUUUCCUGUUUUACGGUGAACAACAAUUUCUUGAGACUCUCUUCCAUGUUAUUUUGUCUUUCUAA